CGAACCAUGGCGUUGGCGCAGACUGCGGGGAACCAGACGGCCUCGGAGGCCUCGGAGGACUAUUCUUAUGGUAGCUGGUACAUCGACGAGGCCACGGAGGGCCAGGAGGCCCCGACAGAGGUUCCUGUGCCCCCCUGCCAGCACAGCGUGCCCCCCGGCCUCCUCCAUGCCUGCCUGGCCCUGCUGUCCGUCCUUGGGCUGCUGCUGCUGUCCGUGCUGGUGCGGCGCCGCUGGCUCUGGCCCCGCUGUGGCCAAGGCAGACCCGGACUGCCCAGCCCCGUGGACUUCUUGGCGAGGGACCAGCACCGGAUGGUGCCCGCCGCUGUCUUCAUGGUCCUCUUCAGCUCCCUGUGUUUGCUACUCCCCGAAGAGGCCCCGCUGCCCUUCCUGAGCCGUGGGUCACCACCCAGCCCAGAUGGGGUAACUGAGACUCCAAGAGGGCCCUGGAAGAUGCUGGCUUUGCUCUACUACCCUCUUCUCUACUACCCGCUGGCCGCCUGUGCCACCGUUCCACACAGAGCUGCACACUUGCUGGGCACCACGCUGUCCUGGGCUCACCUCGCAGCACAGGUGUGGCAGAGAGCAGAGUGUCCCGAGGCACCCCAGAUCUACAGGUAUUAUUCCCUGUUGGCCUCCCUGCCUGUCCUGCUGGGACUCGUCCUGCUGAGCGUCUGGUACCCGGUGCAGCUGCUGAGGAGCUUCAGACACGAGGCCAGAGCGGGCUGGAAGUGGCCACAGGGCGACCCGUCUGAAGUCUACCUGAGGACCCUCCUGGGUGGGAAGAAGCUGGAGACCAGCUCACACAGCACCAAGCAGGGCUUCCUGGCCCAGUUCCGGGGCUGCCUUCGACGCUGUGCCUAUACUCCGCAGGCAGGAUUCCGACUCCCUCUGAGCCUGGUUCUCUCCGCCACCCUGAUGGGGACGGCCAUUUACCAGGUGGCUCUGUUGCUGCUGGCGGGUGUGGUGCCCACCGUCCACAAGGUGAGGGCAGGCGUCGACACCGAUGUGGCCUACGUGCUGGCCGGCUUCGGCAUCGAGCUGUCGGAUGACAAGCAGGAGGUGGUGGAGCUGGUGAAGCACCACCUGUGGGCACUGGAAGUGUGCUACGUGUCCGCGCUGGUCCUGUCCUGCUCACUCAGCUAUCUGGUGCUGACCCGCUCACUGGCGGCACACAGGGUCAACCUGCGAAUUCUACACCGAGGGGCUGCCUUGGCGCUGGGCCCCCUGGCGCAGACCCCCUGCCCCUCCCGCCAAGCCAUAUUCUGCUGGAUGAGCUUCAGCGCAUACCAGACUGCGUUCACCUGCCUGGGGCUGGUGCUACAGCAGGUCAUCUUCUUCCUGGGGACCUCGGCCCUCACCUUCCUGGUGUUCAUGCCCGUGCGUUAUGGCAGGAACCUGCAGCUCCUCCGGUCCCUGGAGUCCUCGUGGCCCUUCUGGCUGACCUUGGCCCUGGCCGUGAUGCUGCAGCACCUGGUAGCCCACUGGGGCUUCCUGGACACUCGCCACGGACACCCGGAGCUGACCAACCGGCGUGCCCUCUCUGCUCUCACCUUCCUGUUCUUCCCCAUCAACGUGCUCGUGGGCGCCAUGGUGGCUGCCUGGAGGGUGGUCCUGUCCGCCCUCUACAACGCCGUCCACCUCGGCCAGAUGGACCUCAGCCUGCUGCCUCCCAGAGCCGCCACUCUCGACCCCGGCUACCACGCCUACUGCAGUUUCCUGAAGAUGGAGGCCAGCCAGUCGCACCCGGCCGUGGCAGCUUUCUGUGCCCUGCUUCUGCGAAGGAGGGACCCCCAGCUCCCUGCCAGCCCCCUGGACAGACUCCAACCAGGGCAGGAAGAGGAAGGGAUGCAGCUGCUGCAGUCCAAGGCCCCGGGGGGCCAGAGGGCUGCGUGCAGAGCCCACCGCAGCCGAGCCCGCUGGGGCCUGGCCUACUCGCUGCUGCGCAACCCGGCACUGCGGGCCUGGCGGAAGCCCGGGCCACUGGGCAGUCGGGCAGGGGUUGGCGCUGGGUCCUGA